AUGGAAAACGAAGAAAGGUCACAACCAGAAGCUCAGUACCAAAGAGAACUUGAAGGAGUUCGAAAUGAUGUGGCACACCUAACCAGUAUGUUAGAGCAAAUGUUAAGAGCCAGAGAUGGAGAGGGAACGUCUACUCAACCUGAUGAAGCACCAGCAGCAGCUCAAAUUCCUGUCGCACCUAUAAACGUGGGGGCAAAUACACCAAAUAAGCAGCAUCCUAAUCCCACUCGGCCCAUCCAAAUCCCUAUUACAAUGGAUUUAACAAAUGAGGACCCACAUGAUGUCAAACUCUCUAAUCAUGAAGGGUAUGAUAAGUGGACUGCACUAGAAGAGAGGCUAAGGGCAGUUGAAGGAAAUGAUUUAUUUGACCCAGUUAGGGCUGCUGAAGUAUGUUUGGUGCCUAACAUUGUUAUUCCAAAGAAGUUUAGAGUGCCAGAGUUUGUUAAGUAUACCGGGAUGGAAUGCCCAAAGACCCAUCUUCGUUCCUACUAUAACAAAAUGGCAGAAGUUAUCCACGAUGAUAAAAUGUUAAUUUACUUCUUCCAGGAUAGCCUGACAGGAUCGGCCCUUAGUUGGUAUAUGAGGCUGGACAAUAUUAGGAUCAAGAAGUGGACAGACUUGGCAGAUGCUUUCUUAAAGCAAUACAAGUUUAAUCUUGAGAUUGCUCCUGAUAGGACCAGUCUAAUUACCAUGGAGAAAGGAAAUCAAGAGUCCGUAAGGGUUUAUGCUCAAAGGUGGCGUGACCAAGCUAUCAAUGUACAACCUCCACUAAUAGAGACGGAGAUGGUGACACUGUUUGCUAAUACUUUUAGGGCUCCAUACUAUGAACACCUUAUGGGUAGUUCAGCACAACAUUUCUAUGAUGUUGUUCGGAUUGCUGAGAGGAUUGAACAAGGAAUCCGAAGUGGGAGAAUUGCAGAACCUAUAGAGAAGAGAGGUUUCAUUGGAAAAAAGAAAGAAAAUGAGGUGCAUAACCUAGAAGGCGGAUACAAAGGGAGAAUAAAAAACUACCAAACACCUACCACCCAAGUCACCAGUAUCAAUUUUGCCAAACCCUCCAUCCCAAACCAACCCCAUCAAACAAAAUUCCCAGCAAAUAACCAAAGCAAUUACCAAAGAAGAGACAACCGACCAUCGGAAGAACAAUUACCACCUUUACCAAUAACCUUAAAAGAGUUGUAUGCCAAGCUGUUGAGUAUUGGGCAGAUAGCUCCCCUACCCAUACCACCUAUGCAACCACCUUUCCCUACCUGGUACAACCCCGAGGUGACUUGUGAAUACCAUGCUGGUCACGCAGGUCAUAGCAUUGAGGCUUGCUUUGCUUUUAAAAGAAAGGUGGUAGUGGAGUGA